AUGCGCACAAACACGCCGAAACUCCACGUCGCAUACACAACAAUGGCACAUGUAUUUUCAGAUGAUAUCAAAUAUUAUGUUUGUCCGUCGCAUCUCCCUCGUUCUGCCUUUAAUUCUCUCUCUUUCAAUUUCUUCCCACCAAAUGCGCUUUCGAACAUAUUUUCUUUCUUCCUUUCCUUCAUUUUCCAUUCGUUCAUAUCGAUCUGUCUCGGUCUGUUGAUAUCUAUCUAUCUAUCUAUCUAUCUAUCUAUCUAUCUAUCUAUCUAUCUAUCGCAGUCUAUUCAUAUCUAUCUAUAUAUCUAUGUUAAUAUCUAUCUAUCUUUCUUUCUACCUCGGUAUUUUGCUAUCUAUCUAUCUAUCUAUCUAUCUAUCGCAGUCUAUUCAUAUCUAUCUAUCUAUCUAUCUAUCUAUCUAUCUAUCUAUCUAUCUAUCUAUCUAUCUAUCUAUCUAUCACUGUCUGUUCCUAUCUAUCAAUCUAUCUAG